AAAGAGAACGAAAGACCAGAGAACGAAGGACGUGGACGUGGGGGAAGGUCGGAGGAAGGUCACAAACAAGGCGACGUGCGCGUCGGAGACUUUAAGGUCAGUCAGGCAACGAAUCAAAAAAGGGGGGAAAAAAAAAUUAAAUCUCCCCUUCUUUCUCUCCCCCCUCAUAAAAUCAGACGCGUUUUCCAUUCCUCUGUCCCUGUCUCCCCUCCAAAAAGAAGAGAAGACCGAGGCCACUGGCUUUUUACUUUGCCUUUCCGAGAACAAGGAAAAAGUAAAAGGAAAAGGAAGGGAUUCUCCUCAUCUCCGUCCUCCCACCUGGGAGAUCGAAUCCGAUCUCCAUUUCUCUCAGUUCUUGCUUGCCUUUUGCGUAUCUCUCGUCUGUCCAUCUGGGCUCGAUCGAAUCCGUGAGAGAACUAAAAAGUACGAGGAAAUGGUAAAGGAGACGGAGUACUACGACGUGCUUGGAAUCAGCCCUACAGCCACAGAGGCCGAGAUCAAGAAGGCCUACUACAUCAAGGCAAGGCAGGUCCAUCCAGAUAAAAACCCAAAUGAUCCCCUUGCGGCACAAAAUUUUCAGGUAUUAGGGGAGGCUUACCAGGUGCUCAGUGACCCAGCACAGCGCUUGGCUUAUGACAAUUAUGGAAAAUCAGGCAUUUCGACAGAAACAAUUAUUGAUCCUGCUGCAAUCUUUGCUAUGCUAUUUGGGAGUGAGCUUUUUGAGGACUACAUUGGUCAACUUGCUAUGGCAUCCAUGGCUUCGCUUGAUAUUUUCACUGAAGGGGAACAGAUUGAUGCCAAAAAAUUGCAAGAGAUGAUGAAGGCUGUUCAAAAGGAAAGAGAGGAGAAACUUGCACAGAUACUGAAAGACCGACUUAACCUCUAUGUUCAAGGACACAAAGAUGAGUUUAUUAGUCAGGCUGAGGCUGAGGUGGCAAGACUUUCUAGUGCAGCUUAUGGGGUGGAUAUGUUAAAUACCAUUGGCUACAUAUAUGCAAGACAGGCAGCUAAAGAGCUUGGAAAAAAAGCUAUAUAUCUGGGUGUGCCAUUUAUUGCUGAAUGGUUCAGAAACAAGGGCCACUUUAUCAAGUCCCAAGUAACAGCUGCAACAGGUGCCAUUGCUUUAAUGCAGCUACAAGAGGACCUGAAGAAACAACUAAGUGCUGAGGGCAAUUAUACAGAGGAAGAACUUGAGGAGUAUAUGAAGAAUCACAAAAAGUUAUUGGUAGAUUCCUUAUGGAAGCUAAAUGUUGCUGAUAUUGAAGCUACCCUAUCCCGAGUCUGUCAGAUGGUGCUCCAAGACAACAAUGUCAAGAGAGAGGAACUCCGAGCUCGAGCCAAAGGGUUGAAAACUCUUGGAAAAAUAUUUCAGAGGGUCAAGCCUGUCAACGCCAGUGAGAGUGAAACAUCGCUUAAAAAUGGAGUACCGAACCAGUUGAGUGGAAAUGAUCGACCCAAUGAUUGUAGUUCUCCGGACACAUCACCAAGAUCUCCCAUUGACCAGCCAUCUUAUGCAACUCCACUUGUAAGUCCAUGAUCAUUUCAACAUACGCGAAAGAACUGCUCCCACUCAGGAUGCUCGAGCCCGUAUGUGGAGGUCCCGCAGUUUGCUGGUGCUCCAUACGCCCAGAACUUUCCAAUGCCUAGUGCACCACCUGGAAGGUAUAUUUGAUUGUCAGGCAGGAAGGAAGUAGACUAGACAUAUGAUCGUCCUGUUGUUUUAUCAUAUCUGGUGUCAAGAAAGCUCAUUUGUUGGGCCCUUUGUUUGUAUGAGUAGUCUGAUAGUCGGAUUGCCCGUGCUCGUAUAUUCCUGUCAUCAUCGUGCGUUAUUUUAUACACAUGGAGGCGGGCAUGGGUUUGUUCAGUGUGCACGCCCUUCUGCUGUGUUUUUGAUAGGGAUGGUUUAGGUUCUGCAUCCCAUGUUUUUGUUAUGCUAGGCCCGCAGCAACGAGACUAGCAUUGUACAUCAGAGGGUUCUUCUUUGUGUGGCUUUCCCUUUUUUUAUAAUGCUGUAGAAGGAAGAGGUCAUUGUAUAUAUAUAGCUGAAUCAUUCCUGAUGCAUAUUUUAACCUUUCUUGUUUUCUGCAAGAAAUGUUUCAUGAUUAUUUAAGUCAUGCUUGUUUUAUAAGCUUUACCGAACAAA